UAAAAAAAAAGCCUAUGACUUUGACACAUCCGGUGACUCUUUGACACUGACAUAGAAAAACAAGAGAUACGGACAAGCAAACAAAAAGUAUGUAUAUAAUAGUAGCGAUACGUUAAUAAAAAUUUCAGCUGUAAUUGUUCUAUUUUUGUAACUAAAGUGUAUUCUAGUUAUAACGAAUCAUUUUAUUUGAUGAAUACAAGAAAUGAAUAAAAAUUAUGAAAGAUGUACUCACUGCAACCGACGUAAAUGGCUUACAACAGGGUGUCUGCGAAAAUGGUUGAAACCAAUGGAAUGUAAACAUUUGCAAAGAACCAUUGAUAACAAGCGAGAUUUUAACGACUCAGAUAUAGUGAAUUGUGUGUUUCUACCAGAACGAAAGCCUGCAGUAAACACUAAUAAGUUUGUUAAAUUUUGGAAGAAUAAGUUAUUUAUAAGUGGUAGUGUUAGGUCUCUACAACGAUAUUUUGGUUCUAAAAGUGGUGCAGGUGAUCAUAUAUGCAAUUUAAACAUAAAUACAUAUCCCUCGACGUCUACUGAUAAGUGUGUUGCUUCCCACAUGUCCCGUGAAAUGAAGAAAAAUGUAGAGUCUAACAAACAGACAAUAAUGUGUCAGCACUCGGAUGGUCAUUCAGUUCUUCGUGGACAUCAUCAACAUGCCUCACUCGAAACUUGUGCUAUUUACUGUCAAUUGUCAAAACAUGGCUGGUACUGGGGAGGCAUUACAUCCAGUGAGGCCGAAGAGUUGCUAGCAGGGCAACAUGAUAAUGUGUUUCUUGUAAGAGACUCAUUUGAUUCAAGGCACAUACUGUGUGUUUCAUUUCGUUGUGUGGGAAGAACAUUACAUGCCCGUCUCAGGCAUGCAAAUGGCUUGUUUUCUCUCAAUAAUGAAACAUUUGUACCAGCAAAUAGAAUAUCAGAACAUUGUGCAGCUGUUGAUGUUAAAUCGAACCUAUUUGAGAUGGAGGUGACAGUUAAAUUAGCAAGACCUUUAAACAGAUUUGCAAGACUAGAUUCUUUGCAGAUGAUCUGCAGAUUUGUCAUUAGACAAACGGUUGCAGCAAAAGUUUGGGAAGAAUUGCCACUGCCCCCAAAUUUAAUAGCUUAUGUAUCUCAGGGCAGUGAUUACAUAGUACCCUCAUAGCUAGUGCCAGAUGUAACACUGUGCCUUCACAAUGCAAAUGCUCCGCAUAUUGUAAACCUAUUUACAUACAUAUUAUAAUGGACUGUGUCAUCUUAUAUGACUAGAUAUGUAGAAAGUGUUUAUAAAUUUUAUACAGAAACAAAUAUUUUAAUAAUAAAAGAAUUAUUUAUACUGUGAUGCAUGUUU